UGACAUAGCCUUUGUGGGAGCAAACAGCAGGUGGCCAAAAUCUUCAACCCCUAAAGAGUUGUGUCCUUCUCUCUCUCUCUCUCUCUCUCUCUCUCUCUCUGUCUCUCUCUCACAGAGAGUACAAUUGCUAGCACCUGGUAAUUUUUAGUUAAAAAAUGGGUACAGAAAAAAAGAGCAGUAUGGUGAAGAAGAAGAAGAAGAGUAAUCAUAUUGGGUCCAUAAGAUCAAUUUUCAUGCAUGCAGACCUAGUAGAUUGGUUGUUGAUGGUUCUUGGGUUCAUUGGAUCCGUCGGUGAUGGUUUCUCCACCCCGCUUGUUUUGUUUGUGACUAGCAAAUUGAUGAACAAUCUCGGUGGUGCAUCUUCUAGCCAGAGUGAUUUCUCUCACAACAUUAAUAAGAAUGCACUGGCGCUCUGUUACGUGGCUUGUGUACAAUGGGUUGUUUGUUUCCUUGAGGGGUAUUGUUGGACAAGGACAGGAGAGAGGCAAGCUACCAGAUUGAGAGCAAGGUAUUUGAAAGCAGUGCUGAGACAAGAAGUGGGUUAUUUUGAUUUGCAUGUAACCAGUACAGCAGAGGUCAUCACAAGUGUCUCUAAUGAUAGCCUUGUAAUUCAAGAUGUUCUAAGCGAGAAGGUGCCAAACUUUUUGAUGAACGCUUCCAUGUUCUUUGGUUGCUAUCUUGUGGGGUUCUUGAUGCUUUGGAGACUAGCAAUCGUGGGGUUUCCUUUCAUUGUCAUUUUGGUAAUCCCUGGUCUAAUGUAUGGGAGGACUUUGAUGGGAUUGGCAAGAAAGAUCAGGGAAGAAUACAACAAAGCAGGUACAAUUGCAGAGCAGGCAAUAUCUUCCAUCAGGACUGUGUAUGCCUUUGUUGGGGAAUCCAAAACCAUAGCUGCAUAUUCUGCAGCUCUUGACUUUUCGGUGAAAUUGGGGCUCAAGCAGGGCCUGGCUAAGGGCUUGGCCAUCGGCAGUAAUGGUGUUGUCUUUGCUAUUUGGUCUUUUAUGUCUUAUUAUGGCAGCAGAAUGGUUAUGUAUCAUAAUGCUCGUGGAGGGACUGUUUUCGCUGUUGGUGCCUCAAUUGCUGUGGGUGGAUUAGCCCUUGGUGCUGGCUUGUCCAACGUGAAGUACUUCUCAGAAGCAUGUGCAGCAGGAGAACGGAUCAUGGAAGUGAUAAGAAGAGUCCCCAAAAUAGAUCUAGAGAACAUGGAGGGUGAAAUAUUGGAAAAUGUGAGAGGUGAAGUAGAAUUCAAGCAUGCAGAAUUUGCAUACCCAUCAAGGCCAGAAAGCAUAAUCUUCAAUGAUUUUAGCCUAAAAAUACCAGCAGGAAGAACUGUUGCCUUGGUGGGGGGUAGUGGGUCAGGCAAAUCAACAGUAAUAGCACUGUUGCAAAGAUUUUAUGACCCACUUGGUGGGGAAAUACUUCUUGAUGGGGUGACCAUUGACAAGUUGCAACUCAAGUGGCUAAGGUCACAGAUGGGUUUGGUGAGCCAAGAACCAGCACUAUUUGCAACCAGCAUUAAGGAGAACAUACUUUUUGGCAAAGAAGAUGCCGCAAUAGAAGAGAUUGUUGAAGCUGCCAAAGCUUCUAAUGUUCAUAAUUUCAUAUGUCAGUUGCCUCAGGGGUAUGACACCCAGGUUGGCGAGCGAGGAGUUCAAAUGUCAGGAGGACAAAAACAAAGAAUUGCUAUUGCAAGAGCAAUAAUCAAAGCGCCAAGAAUCCUCCUCCUUGACGAGGCAACAAGUGCGUUAGACUCGGAAUCCGAACGCAUUGUCCAAGAGGCACUAGAUAAAGCCGCUGUUGGCCGCACCACCAUCGUCAUAGCUCACCGUCUCUCCACCAUCCGAAACGCCGACAUAAUUGCCGUGGUCCAAGAUGGCCAGGUGAUGGAAACAGGUUCUCACCAUGAAUUAAUGGAAAUUGAAGAUGGACCAUACGCAACCUUAGUCCGUCUUCAACAAAGAGAAAAAGAAAAAACCAAUGAAGAUGAUCAAUAUCAUUUACCCUCUUCAUCUUUAAUCUCGAAAAUGGACAUGAAUAAUACUAGCAGUCGCAGGUUAUCAAUGGUGAGUAGGUCGAGUUCUGCCAAUUCAAUGGCUCCAAGUCGAGCUUCGAUCACCGGAGAAAAUAUACAAUUAGAGGAGCAAAAAUUUCCUUUACCCUCAUUCCGUAGACUGCUAGCUUUGAACUUGCCAGAAUGGAAACAAGCAAGCUUUGGGUGCUUAGGUGCAAUUUUAUUUGGUGGGGUUCAACCCUUAUAUGCAUUUGCAAUGGGGUCAAUGAUAUCUAUAUAUUUUUACACUGAUCAUGAUGAGAUUAAGAAGCAGAUAAGGAUUUACUCAUUAUGCUUUCUGGGGCUCGCAAUAUUCUCAAUGAUCGUUAACAUUGUUCAGCACUAUAAUUUUGCAUACAUGGGUGAGUACUUGACCAAGAGGAUAAGAGAGAGGAUGCUUUCACAGAUACUGACUUUUGAAGUUGGGUGGUUUGAUCAAGAUGAGAAUUCAAGUGGUGCAAUUUGCUCCAGACUUGCCAAAGAUGCCAAUGUGGUGAGAUCUCUAGUGGGUGACCGAAUGGCUCUUGUAGUACAAACAGUAUCAGCUGUAACCAUAGCCUGCACAAUGGGCCUUGUCAUUGCCUGGAGGCUUGCUGUUGUGAUGAUAGCAGUCCAACCUCUCAUCAUUGUCUGUUUUUACACUAGGCGUGUUCUGCUCAAAAGCAUGUCCCAGAAGGCCAUCAAAGCCCAAGAUGAAAGCACCAAGGUCGCAGCAGAAGCAGUGUCCAAUCUCCGAACCAUCACUGCCUUCUCCUCCCAAGAUCGAAUUCUUCGAAUGCUCGAAAAAGCCCAAGAAGGCCCACAGAGAGAAAGCAUUAGACAAUCCUUGUUUGCCGGAGUUGGACUCGGCACCUCUCAAAGCCUAAUGUCGUGCACUUGGGCUCUUGAUUUUUGGUAUGGUGGAAGGCUUAUUGCCGAAGGGUAUAUCUCUGCUAAAGCCUUAUUUGAGACGUUCAUGGUUUUGGUAAGCACAGGCCGUGUCAUAGCCGAUGCUGGAAGCAUGACCACUGACCUAGCCAAGGGCUCGGAUGCUGUUGGUUCAGUCUUCACCGUGUUGGACCGGUACACGAAAAUUGAGCCUGAAGACUCUGAUGGGUUCAAGCCUGAAACGAUAAUGGGCAAUGUAGAGCUUCGAGAUGUGGACUUUGCAUACCCAGCUAGGCCUGAUGUGAUCAUAUUCAAAGGUUUCUCAAUCAACAUUGAGGCAGGGAAGUCAACGGCGUUGGUGGGACAAAGUGGAUCCGGAAAAUCGACCAUCAUUGGAUUAAUCGAGAGAUUUUAUGAUCCAAUUAGGGGGACGGUGAAAAUAGACGGUCGAGACAUCAAGUCAUAUCAUUUGAGAUCAUUGAGGAAGUAUAUAGCUCUGGUCAGCCAAGAGCCCACAUUAUUUGCUGGGACCAUAAGGGAAAACAUUGUGUACGGUGCACCAAAUAAAAACGAUGAAUCAGAGAUCAUCGACGCAGCAAAGGCAGCCAACGCUCAUGAUUUCAUUGCAGGAUUGAAAGAUGGAUAUGACACGUGGUGUGGGGAUAGGGGAGUGCAGCUAUCAGGUGGACAGAAGCAGCGUAUUGCAAUAGCCCGUGCAAUACUGAAAAAUCCUGCAGUGUUACUAUUGGACGAGGCAACCAGCGCGCUUGAUAGUCAGUCAGAGAAGGUAGUGCAAGACGCGUUACAGCGCGUGAUGGUUGGGAGAACAAGUGUUGUUGUGGCACAUAGGCUAAGUACUAUACAGAACUGUGAUCUUAUUGCCGUUUUAGAUAAAGGGCAGAUGGUGGAGCAAGGGACUCACUCGUCCUUGUUGGCAAGGGGACCUACAGGAGCUUACUUCUCAUUGGUAAGCCUUCAAAGGACCCCACAUAACAGCAACAGCGCUACUAGCCGUACAUUCAAUUGAGUGGAUGUAUGGAGUUUUUUUUUCUUUCUUUGUUGCCAUCAAAAUGGUUUAAUAUGAAAACCAAUCUUUUUCAGAAGAAAUGGCAUUUUUAUGUUGUGUGAGAAUGGAGGAUAUUAAAAUUGUGAUAAUAAUGAUAAGUUUAUAUGCAAAUUGUAUAUAUGAGAAUGCUAAUAAUGCCUACCCUUAUUUUUGAAA